AUGGAGGCCGUCAACAAGUUCAUCCUCGAGUCGCGCGAGUCGUGCGUCAAGCAUGCGAUGAUGUCGUCGGGCAUGGGCAUCGUCAUGGGCGUCGGCCUCGGCACGUUCCUCGGCACCUUUGAAGGCGCGCACGGCGAGCUCGUCGGCUCAACCAUGCGCGAGCAGCUCUACCACGGCUUCCGGAAGAGCUUCCUGGCCGGCUACCACCGCAGCAUUUACUUUUCUGGCCAAUUCGCGUCGGUGGGGCUUGUCUACGCCGGCAUCGAGUGCGUCAUUGAGCGCGAGCGGGCCAAGCACGACGUUGUCAACACGAUCGCGGCCGCGUCGUCGUCGGGCGCGAUCUUUGGCGCGUGGGCCGCGCGCCAGCAGCCCGCCAAGCUCUUCCUCACCAACACGGCCAAGGGCGCCGCCAGCUUCACGGCCUUUGCCGUUGUCAUGGAGUUUUGCUUGGACCGCUUCCGCGAGUAA